UGCGUUUAAUUAGUAAAUUUCUCCUAGGUGAGAAAAUGUGAAAAAUGGCGGAGAAAAAGCAAGGCAGAACAAUUUCUAGUGGAAAACUGAACAAAACGUCCACGAGACCGACCCAAAAGGUAGCAACACAGAAUGUUACGUUCAGCGGUCCCAACGACGAGCAUGUGAAGCGUGGAAGCGAGAGACAGGGGGCGUUUCACGGCGGCGCUAGACCGAAAAGUAAAAAUUUGGCGUCAAGGCCGUCUCCAAGGGCAACGCCGGCCGGGCAGUCAGGAGCAAACAUGGAGAGAGCAUUGGUUCCGAAAGGAGAUCAGAGACUCAUGCCGGCUGCGAGGGGAGGUGGAGGGCAAGUUCAGAGGCAGCAAGGCCUCAUUGUUCCCAAAGGUUACACAGCAAGACCUGUUAUCCCAGCAAAGAAGGCGGAGCUGAUAUCUGUUGCCAGGGCGAUGAACGAUGACUUUGCAGGGAAGGUGAAAACUCUCUUUGAUCCCGAAAGAGAAGCUGCCCUAGCUGCUAUAAAGACAGGAGUUUACAUUGGAUGGAGGUGCCCAGAGUUCACAUGGGACUGUAUCAGAGUUGGUGACAUGUCCAAGUGCUUCUGUGGUCACCUGCUCAACCAGCAUGCACAAUACACAGGAAGGAGUGUGAAAGUCAAGUGUGCGAUGGGGGGCUGUGAGUGCAAAGCUUUUGCUUUUGUUCCUGGUCGUCCUGAGGAUGUGGGGGAGUUUUGGUUCCAGCGUCGGCGGGACUUCGACCCCAGCACCUGGAGAGCAAAGUGUCGCUGCAAACACUCCCAUGAUCAGCAUGCUCCCAAUGCUUACAAGCCAUGCAAGGCAAAGGGUUGUCGCUGCAGUCAGUUUGAGUCCAAUUUCCUGUGUGCAGCAUGUGACCGGCACUGGGAGGACCAUGAGACGUUCUUUGAGACUGAAGACAUGAGGAGACAGGGUGGGAUCCCUUGUGGUCAGGAAUACUUGCCCUUUGCAGAGAUGCCCGACCUUCGAAACAUCGUGCUUACAGGGAAAGAAGAUGAUGACAGCCCUUACAGAGCACUAACAGAAGGAGAGGGAGCCAUUCCAAGAGCCCUUCCCUUUGACAACAACACACCAGUACAGUUUGGUGGGCAGAAAAAGUCAGGCUUCAAACCAGUUUAUGACUGACUUCAUAAGUAACAUGCGUAGUCCAGUGGUUAGUGAUCCUGUCUGGACCAAGAAGUUGGAUCCCUACUGUUGUUGAGCAUUCCACUGUUCAUCCCACUUUUACUUUUCCCUCUCAGACUCAGAGUAGAAGAAGACCAUGAGAAUUGUAAAUAUGAGUACUGGUGUUACCUGUGUUUACCUUAAAGUUAUGAAAGAUGUUAUAUCUGGUUAGCUAUUCCAAAAGUAUCCUUGGAACCAACUCUCAAACAGGUAUUGCUUGCAAUUUUACUUACAUAGUCUUUCUUGUUGAAGUGAAAUCUGGCUCCCAUGCCUGAAAUGAAUUUCUAAAGGUCCCUACAGGGGUUGCUCAAACUCAAAUGUUUUAUAUGUUAUAUCUAUAUAUGAUUUUUCAAUUCCCAAAGUCUCUUAAAUUCUUUUAUAGCUAUUUUUUCUAAUGAUAUUCUGUUGAUUUGUGGGAAAAUUGCCCUUUUAUUACUACUUAAUAGGCUAAUUAGCUGAUUUUGAUUUAGUUUGUAUAUAAUGAACAAACUUGUAGCAUAUAUACAACAUGUAUAAUCAACUCUACUCUUAAAAUACAGUCCACUUUCGUAGUUGCACUACCAUUUCACAAGUACAUACUUGUACAUUCUGGCACACUAGUCAUUGCUGUUUGUGAAUAUUAGACAGAUGUAAAUGCAAGAUUGUCAAAGACAGAAUUAGUGAUACUUGCAUAUUAUAAAUAUGUUGAUCUCUUUAAAUUAUUACUCCUGAUGUUGUCUUAAAGAAAUGACAAAACUAUUAUAAUUAGAAAAUGACCACUUUGUAUAUAUAUGUGUAAAAGAAAAAAAUUCACCAUGCACAUGUACAUACUGUAAUAUCUAUAUUUGCAUUCAAGAUAUGAAGAGAUUGUUUCAUGUAGAUAGAUAUGUAAUUGUGAAUAUAUUUUUUUAUGAUGGCACAGAAAAAGCACUGUUCAAUUUUUACCAAAGCCUGCAACCAUUAAAUCAUAGGCAACUAUAAGACAGGCUUGUAAAUAAUCUCGAUGUUGUAAAAACAGUUGCCUUAUUUGAGUUAGACAAGACACACAGAUAAAUGGACUACCGAUUUUAAGAUAUAGCCCCUGCAUUUAUGUAUGAUAUACACAUGUAGAUGAUAUACUAGUAAUAUUGUACUAAGUAAAAGCUGACUUGCUGCUUUCAAUGCACCAUUGUAUAGUGUUCUAUGCAACCCAAUAUUCAUGUACUGUAUGGUGUAUGACAUUUAAUGUUCACCCUGUUCUAUGAAGAAAUCUGUGAAGUGAUUUCAAGA